AUGCAGAACCGGUUCUCGUUUUGGUCCCUGUUGGGGUACCAAUUGAGCGUCAUGUCAUCUUGGGCGAACUACCUGGUCACGGUUGGCGUUUCUGUGGAUAUUGGUGGCCCUGUUGGGUUCUUGUACGGGACUCUCAUUGUUGGCUUCUUCCAGCAGACUGUUGUCCUCUCGCUCGCCGAGAUGGCCUCUGCUUGGCCACAUGCUGGUGGUCCAGAGUAUUGGGCACUUCGUCUCUCUCCAGUAUGGGCAGCUCCAUUCCUAACGUACAUCACCGGCUACUUGAACCUGCUGGCCUAUCUCACAGCAUUUGCCUCAGCGGGAUUGUCUUCGACACAGACAAUAUCCGCGGUCAUAGCAAACGUACACGGCUUCCACUUCACUCCUUGGCAAAUGUGUCUCCUAUACUGGGGGGUUUCGAUUUUCUGCAUCACGAUCAACCUGCUGCCUAGACUCCUGCCGGCAUGGAACAUAAUGUCAAUGGCAUGGCUUUUGGGCGCCUUGGUUGUCACAAUCGGUGUUUGGGUGUCUCAUAUUGAUGCUCAAUCUGCCCAUUAUGUCUUUACAGAAUUUGUCAACCAUACUGGUUGGGAUAAUUCGGGGAUAGUUUUCGUUCUAUCUCUCACACAAACGGUAUACGCAAUGACCGGAAUAGACGCUGUGAGCCACCUUGCAGAUGAAGCCAAUGAGCCUCGACGGACGAUCCCACUUGUCCUGGUCAUAUCGGUUCUACUGUCGACGAUCUUUUGCUUUGGUUUUGCAAUACUAUUACCUUUCUCUCUCGGUCCCUUCGACUCCUUGGUCAACUCGACCCUGGGGGAGAUAUACGUCCAGCUUUUUGUUAACGGUCUGGGCUUGAAAGGGGGAUUGGCCGUUUCAACCCUCGUGAUGCUUCCUUUGAACCUUUUCUGCGGAUCUCAGCUGCUGACAGCCAGUUCACGGUUGAUAUGGGCCCUCGCUAGUCAACGAUGUAUUCCACUUUCCAAGGUACUCGUCAAAAUCAACAAGCGGGCCCAAGUUCCUGUUAGAGCCAUUGUCGUGAGUUAUUUUGUGAGCAUGCUUCUAGGUCUCCUUUAUGUUGUUAGCGAUACAGCCUGGAAUGCCAUCGCCUCUUGUGUCGCAGCAGCAUACCAAGCAACCUAUAUCGCUCCUUUAGCGUUGCUGCUAUGCCGUGGCCGAUCACUCCUCCCUCCUCGUUACUUCAGCAUGGACAGGUUUCGAAUCCCAUUCUUGGGGUAUGCGGUCAACGUCCUGGCGCUUCUGUGGUGUGCAUUUGUUAUUGUCAUCAGCUGCUUUCCGCUUUAUCUUCCUAUCAGAGCCACCACAAUGAACUAUACAGUGGCAGUCCUAGGAAUAUGGCUGAUUGGCGUCCUGGCGUAUUGGUUCAUGUCUAGCCGUUCCUUUAUUUCCAGUAACGAGUGA